UGAUGGUCAAAUCGUACGAUCAUUUUUCUGAAAAGAAUAUGCACAUGAGCCGUGACCUGGAAGGAACAGAAAUUUCGCCUGUUAUAUGGGGUGAACUUUAUGACUCGGUCGGCCGAUUUUCUAAAUCCUUGAUGGCAACCAUCGGAUUACCGAGCGAACGACGUUUUUUUUAGAUUUCGGACGGAAAAUGAUUCGGAAUUCGAACCAUGUAUGGGCCUGCAUUAAGCUCCAUGAACAAUAGCAUUUUUUUUCUGCUCCUAGAAGCUAAAUAGUAAAGUACUGUUUUUAAAGGGGCAGUCAUUUUUCAUUGCUUGGAAAAAAAAAAAAAAAAUCCUUUAA